CCGGACUAACUGUACCCAGUCAGAUUUGUCACUCCAGCCGACCAACCGCCAUAGGUCUACUCCCGAUAUGGUGAAGAGGACCAUCCGAUCCUUUUCACGCUCAGCUACGCUUAGCAAGACUGACCCUUCGCCGAUUACGUCUGGUUCAACGGCCAUGAAACGAAAACGGUCCAACACAUCAAGCGAGAAAACCUCUCUGGUAUCUGUUUCAGACGCUAGUGGAUCAGUCACAGGACAUGCUAGCAGUCAAAACACACCUACCCGCAGACCAAAACGACAAAGAAAUACCGCUCGGCAGCACCUUGAUGAUGAGAUUCGACGGCUAAGGGGUUCGGUGCCAACGAUCGAGGAACUGAUCGCAGAAGCAGAACGAGAACACGCCGCUAUCAGAGAAAAGAGGGAGAGGGAGAUGGAAUCGAUUUGGAGAAGGAGGAAUGACUUGGUUGGGUUAAAGGAGUAUCUGCAAACUUGGGGCGCUCAGGAUAAAGAAUGGACCACUUCACAAUAG